UUUGAACCGGCUCGUUCAUCACCGACACAUCACUACUCGCUUCAUCGUGUGUCGGUUUCAAACAUGGAGGAGAGGGAAAGAACAAGUGUAAAGUCAGACACUGAACAAACAACAGCAACAUGUUCAAGUGCGACACCAGCACCGGAGCAAGAGCCGGAGACAGGCGGCAAACCCGAGGACGACGACGCGGAUAAAGUAGACGUCUGCUCGGAUAAGUUUGACCCUCUCUUGGCCUUGUACUCGCCCGCUGUGUCGCUUCCUUUCCCCAACAUCAAAUGCUUCAACAACGUGUCGGACUACGAGAGCUUUCUGCGGGGCGGCCGGGGCAGAGCCAAGCCGGAGAAUGUGGAGAAGAAGCGGCUGAAGGCGAUGAAGGGAGUGGCGGACCCGGAGCGCAUCGAGAGGCUGAAGAAGCUCAUGGUGAACAACAAGCCGGAGGAAGGAGAGAGCAGCGGGACGCAGCCGAGGAGGAGGAGGCAGAAGCCCCAGAAAAACGUCCUGACAAGGAUGCCCUUGUGUAAAGGCAGUCCGCUGGGGGAGCUGUACCGAUGCGUUGAGGAGAGGAUAAGAGUCAAAGUUCACAUCAGGACCUUCAAGGGACUGAGAGGAGUGUGCUCUGGCUUUGUCGUGGCCUUCGACAAGUUCUGGAACAUGGCAAUGGUAGAUGUAGAUGAGACAUACAGAGAGCCUCUGCUGGGAGAGGCGUUCUACCAUGAGAAAGCCCUCACCAUCUCACGGCUCUUUGACAAACUAAAGAUCCAGGAGCGCUCAGCAGGUGAUGAUCUGGCAAAGAAGCCCAAACAAGACCAGGAAACAGCCACCAAGCACCAGCCUGCUCACUCUACUAGCAAAGGAGGGCACAGCAGGACUGAGUCCAAGCUGUCAGACGCUGUUAAAACCAGAGAGGAUAAACACAAAGUCUCGCUGAAGGACCAGAGUCCAGAGGUCUGUCAGAAAAAAGACUCUAAGAUGUACGGCAAGGUCCGUGUACGACACAUCAACCAGCUUUUCAUCCGGGGCGAGAACGUCAUCCUGGUUAACCCACAGCCGCUCUGAUUUCUAACAUUUAAGUAGUAUUUUACACUAAUGAUAGGUGUGAAAUCCUAUAGAUGAUCUAUAUGCUUAUUUAGAUUCAGAAGAAUCAAACAAGGACUACUGUUAUAUCACAUUGAUAUGGAGGUUUUUCUCUGGCCACCAGAGAAAUUAUCUUGAUUUUCAGGAAUAAAAGCGUCUCAGUUCUAAUUA